AACUGCGCAUGAAUUUUUGACUCGCCAAAUGACGUAGUUGUUAUAUACGAGGAAAUAAGCAGUUGUUAUACUACCUUGCUAAAGUGGAGAUAAUAAAUAUCGUCACGAUAGUGUCGACAGUUUUGCGAUUAUGGUGAAACCAGGUGUCUACUCGGUCGAUUCGGAAAAAGACAAUGAGAAGAAAGAUUUGAAAAAAUUGCCGUUGCAAGAUCUGCCUUUAGCGGUGGGUGUGGUGAAGAUCUUGCCAGAAAAUGCCAGUGAUGCAGCCCCCAAGACAUGCUGCACUCUGUGACGGUUGUGUUUUCUAAUACUUGCUGUGAUGCUGAUUUUCUUGGCGAUUGGAGUGGGCGUCAUGACAUAUCAUUUACUUUCACGAGAUGAGUAUGGUCACCACAAGAAAAGCAAAUUUGACUGUCAUGUCACUUACGAGGAAGAUAACCCAGACAAGGACAAACAAGAGGGCGAGCAACCAGUCGACAAUGUAAAAGUGCCCGAUGUAUCAACAACGUCAGAGCCUGGUCAACAUGUGAUUAUACCACAAAGGACAACUACGAUGAGAACCACCACAGUUUCCCUGGGAUAUCUGGACGAAGAAAUCGAGAUAGACGAUGAAACAGAAACGUUUGAAAUCCCACCUGGCGAUGGCUGUGAACGAGUGACUAUAAUGCACGAUUUUACAGCGGGUAUAUCUGCUUAUCGAAUGUGGGAAUCAGAACUGUGUUUCGUGAAGCCACUGGAGUCAGAAUGUAUGCCUCCCUGGAUGCUGGCAAGGCGAAUGUCGAACCCCGAAUAUUUGCGUCAACACUUCUCCAUGGUACGAGAGAAUUACGUGGCUGUUCCACCUGCUAUCCCGGACGUGUUUACACUGGGACCGUUUGUAGGCAAUCUGUGCAAUGGCAUGUUGACAUACUGGCUCGAAGAAGCUAUUGAGAGAGAAGAGGAGCCGCAUGUCCCAGGGAGCGAAACGGAGAGCUCCGAAGAGUCCGAAUCCAGUGAUAGUAGCUGGAUUCCAUCAUGGUGGCACCACGGACCUCCACUUCCUCCCAGGCACAGAGGGCGUCGCGCAGUAGCCAAUUUGAAAGUGGAGACAAACAAAGAGACCAAGAUUCGUUACUGGGAUGGCACCCCAAAAGUCAAGGAGAUGACAGUUCGAUACAAAGUGGAUGAGUAAGAAUACACUCGCGGACACGUACAUUAAAGCAGAGGCUGGCACCGUCUGGAGUCAUAGCGAAGAAGUGACAUCUCGUGAUUUUAAGCUUGAAUUUUCAGACGAUAGAUGGGUUGAGAAUGCGGAUUUAACACAUAUUUGAACAUACUUAUACUUUUAUUGCUUUUUACAAAAUGUACUCAGAUUGCAACAAAUGCUUUGUUUUUAACUUACACCCCAACGUACGCCAUAGUUGUCAAACAGCGCGGCGUGCAUUAAGAAUGGGUGUAAACAUUUUACACUCGUUGUAUUCGUCGCUUGGGACCCACACGACGCGCUGUGUCUCCCAUGGCGUUUUAAAUAACUAGCCCUCAACAAAUAAUGUUUUCUCAGAUCCCUUUAAAGGAUAAGCAAAAAUAGUCUGGUUGCCCCGGAUGGAUUUUAGUUGAUAGCCGGUAGUCAAUAUUGACUGUAUGUUAUUCUCAUUACUCACGAUGGAUCAUCUAAGGGGCAAUUGAAAAUCCAAUAAACACAUUUCACAAGGCUGCAUUUAAAUUGACAUUCAGAACGCUGACUUAAAUAUUUAAUCGUCAUGUUGUUGGCUUUCCUACUGGAAUUUCAGAAACAUAUUAUUUUGUCUGUGGGGCACCUAUAUAUACCUGCAAUAUAUCACUGAGUACCUUGAUGUGGAGUGACGAAAUUUGAAAUACUAAUAACAAGGAAAAAAACGUAUUUACAUCUUUACAUUUUUAUUUUGAAAUAUUACAUACAAUGUCUAGUUUGUUGUUCAAGUUCAUUUAUAAAUUGAAUUUAGACUCAGACAUCUAAUAAAUAAUAUUAGUUGUCUGAGAUUUAGAUAACUUUAGCCUGUUUGAAUAUUUUUUGGCAUCUUGAUAAAUUAACUAAGACAUAAUUUAUCGUAAAAUGAAAACGAUAAAAUAUUGGCAAAAAACAAUUGCGCAUGCGUCCCGAAAUUACUUAUACACAUAUACGCACGGUGAUCAAAUUAUAGCCUAACAAUUUAGUGAUGACGGAUGAAUAUUCAUAGUUACCCACAUUGCGUCAAUUUGCGCAAUUUGUAAAUCGUAGGAAAAAUGUUGGUCACAUCAUGGUUGUUACUGUCCAUAACACGGUCCUAAUUUUACAACCAUAUUCGAAUAUUGCGAAAAUAAAAACUUUCUACAUAUAACCGACAUCAACAUGUGAUUACAUUGUACUUACAGUGUAUCGCAUUUGGUAAUUUUCAUAGUAUGGACAACAGCCAAUACUUUGUUAUACCUUUCUUUAUGCAAAAUAUGCGAUCUUAUUGUAUUUUUGUG